GCUUCAUUUCAAUGGCUUCCUCUCUCUCUCUCUCUCUCUCUCUCUCUUCUUAGUCCAACGGCCCAGAUUCCUCUCCCACACCCCCACAAAACCGCAUCUUCACCGUCCAACCCAGGCUCCAGUAUUCCACAUGGGCGGCUGAGCUUGUCCCACCCUUGUCCCCUGCCCCCAGGGGCAACGCCCUCAAAGGUGCUGCUAUUGCUACCGACAGCUUAGCUUGCCUUUGUCCAGAAUUCAUGCAUUCAUUACCAAAAACAAAAGCUUUCCGCACCCUCCUCGCCCUUUUAUCAUCAUAUAUGCAUCUCUAUAAAAUACCUUUGCAUUAUAACCCCUUCUCCCAAUUCACUCACACCUCUCUCAACGGAAUUCUUUCUCCUCUGUACAAACUAUAGAAGAAGCUUAAGCUAAGCUAAGUAGGCCCUCUGAUUCAUCAGAACUCACAGGACUUUCUACUCAAAUCGAUUGGGCUUCUGAUCUAAGCAUCACUCUUUGUCGGGUUUGGUUCAAGAAAAUGGAAAGCACCGGAAAAUACGAGACCGAGCUCAACCUUGAGGCCACCGAGCUCAGACUGGGCCUGCCGGGCACGGAUGAGUCGGACAAACAGGCUGUAUUCGUUAUUAGGAACAACAAGAGAGUUCUGGGCGGCACCACGGAGGAGUGUGGAUCGAAUGGCAAUUCUGAUGCCCGGCACGGCGACCGGGAAACCGCUCCUGCCACCAAAGCGCAGAUAGUUGGGUGGCCGCCAAUCCGAUCCUACCGGAAAAAUAGUUUCCAACAGAAGAAAAGCACCGAGGCUGAGACUGCAGGAAUUUACGUUAAAGUUAGCAUGGAUGGAGCCCCUUACCUCAGAAAGAUUGAUCUGAAGGUUUACAAAUGCUACCCAGAGCUUCUAAGGGCCCUAGAGAACAUGUUCAAGAUUGCUAUAGGUCAAUACUCAGAGAGAGAAGGCUAUAAAGGAUCCGAAUACGCACCAACUUAUGAAGACAAGGAUGGUGACUGGAUGCUGGUUGGAGACGUCCCAUGGGACAUGUUCACGUCCUCUUGCAAGAGACUUCGAAUCAUGAGAGGAUCGGAAGCCACAGGCCUGGGUUGCCCAUGAUAGGAAGGAGAGGAAAAAGACCUCUCUGCAUGAAGAGAAUUAAUCAUUCAGCUUGGGUUCUCCAAGAAGAUAUUUGGAUCCAGAUCUCCCUUUUUCCUCUAUCAGCUACCUUUUUUGGGGUUGGACCGGGAAUCACAGACAGAAGAACGGGAAAUUUGGUUAAAUCGCAGCUUUUCUCCUAACUCGGUGGCAGCAAGAUCAAUGGUAGUUUUCAGCAACUGUGAUAUUGUUGUCUUGUUUGUAAUAAUUCCAUCGAAUCAAGACUGCAUUGAUAGGGAUAUCUUCUUCAUAUGCAGCUGCAUAAGAAGCUAUGACAUGGUUAUCCAAGUUUUGGUUAUGUAUCAUUUUUAUUAUUGUUGUUGUUAUUAUUAUUAAGAAGGAAAAAGAAGCUCGCAAGUUUGAUA